CCAACUCCUCGGUUUCGGAGCCACCCCGACUUAAGUCUGGCCUUGCUGCAGUCAGUGAUUCGGCUUGCAGCCUUGCACUGCUUGUGCCGCCUCCGGCUGGUUGAGAUGCACCCGAGCAGCUGCUGAAGUAAGCGGGCCUACGCACGGGCUGGCAAAUAAGACUGGUGCUGGGUUCCUAUUGGAUUUAACUCAGGAUCUGGGCGCUUAGGCUGGCUGGCAGAGAUGGGCUUAGCGGGGCGCGCACUCCUGCGGGCCGUGAUCAUGGGGCCCCCCGGCUCUGGCAAGGGAACCGUGUCCUCUCGCAUCGUCAAACAUUUCGCCUUGAAACAUCUCUCCAGCGGAGACCUGCUCCGGGACAACAUGAAUAAGGGAACAGAGAUUGGUGUGCUUGCCAAGACUUUCAUUGAUCAGGGGAAACUCAUACCAGAUGAUGUCAUGACCCGGCUGGCCCUGCAUGAACUGAAAAAUCUAGCCCAGUAUAGCUGGUUGUUGGAUGGUUUCCCCAGGACUGUCCCACAAGCUGAAGCUCUGGACAAAGUCUACCAGAUAGAUACAGUGAUUGAUCUGAAUGUACCCUUUGAGACUAUUAAGCAACGGCUCACCUCUCGCUGGAUUCAUCCAAGUUCUGGCCGAGUUUACAACACUGAAUUCAACCCUCCUCGAAAAAUUGGCAUUGAUGAUAUUACUGGAGAGCCUCUCAUACAGCGUGAAGAUGAUAAACCAGAAACUGUUACCAAGAGAUUAAAGGCUUAUGAAGCUCAAACAAAACUUGUCCUGGAGUAUUAUCGGAAAAAAGGUGUGUUGGAAACUUUCUCUGGAACAGAAACCAACAUAAUCUGGCCUCAAGUAUAUGCUUUCCUCCAAACAAAACUGCCAGAUAUAAGUCAGAAAGAAGCUAUGACUCCCUGAAAAGUAACAAUUCACUAUGGCAGUAGCAGAAAACUGGUUUGCUUUGCCAAGGAGUUUCUCUGAAUGAUGGGAUUUUGAUAUAUAUGAAUUCUGCUAAGAUCAUGAUCUACUCUCAUUUUUCUGAUUUUUUCUGGAAACUAAGUGAUGUUGUCAGUCAUGAAGACUUUAGUUUCUUAAAUCUUUAUUGUAGUGACCUGUUUCUCAACUUCUGGUGGUUUGUGUAAUUUUUUUUAAAAUUCUAUUUAUCUAAUAUUUCAUUUUGUAAAAUGGCAAAGCCAAAAGUAUGACUGGUUGUUUUUAAAACAAUAUGUCCUUUUCAGUAAGUAAGCAGCUUCUAGAAUUUCCCUUUUUUCAGAAAAAGAAUCAAUGUUUACAUAGCAUUAACUCUAGUCAAAUACAUUAUCCAGAGGUAUUCUUACCCUUUAGUCUUUUAAAACCAUGACAAAAAUCCUUCUUCUAACUUCAACUCAGAAGUUUCCAGCACUGUGAUUUUUUAAAAUAUCUGGAAGUUCUGCCUUAGAGAAUCACUGGUACAGAAUGUCAAUUCAUCAAUGCCUCAAAUAACGCACACAUGAGACAGUUUUAUUUGAUGACUAGAAUGUGCUUAUUUUUCUGGUGAAGAUGCUCUCCUUUGAGAGCAGCUAGGUGGCACACUGUGUGUGGAAUCAGGAAGAUUCCAAUCCUGUCUCAGACACUUAAGCUGUGUGACCCUGGGCAAGUCACUUUAAUUCCAUUUGUCUCAGUUCCUCAUCUGUGAAAUGAUUUGGAGAAGGAAAUGACAAACCACUUCAGUAUCUUUGCCAAGGAAACCUCAAAAAUGGGGCUAUAAAGAGUCAAUCAUGAAUGGAACCACCACAGCAGCAACCAAAUCAUCCUUUUAAUUCUGCCUGAAGAAUAAUUGUAGAGCAUAUUGUUGUAUGCAAAAAUAGGGAACUUGAAUAUAAAUGCUGGCUCCUGCUACCUGUAAGCUGUGUAACCUUGGGAAAGAUUACUUAACCACUUAACCUUCAGAGUCCUCAUUUCUUAAAAGUGGUAAGAUUGGACUAGAUGACCCAGGGAAUUUUCGAUCCCUUCUAAAUCCCUCAUGAUGCUAUUGGAAUAACUAUUGGAAACUCUGUAAUUGUCAUUAGGAAAACAUUUUAUCUUUAAUUUGUAAAGUGCUUUAGCAUUUAGAAAGUACCAUAGCAAAUAUAAUUUGUGACAGCAUACCAGUAAGAGCAAUGAUCAUUCUUAUUUUGUGUUCAAUCAUGUAUGACUCUUCACGAUGUGUGGGAUGGGUUGGGUGCAAGACCCUCUUCCCAAUCCAAUUAACUAAUCAGAGACAUCAGGUACAAAGAGAAAACAUUUAUUUAAUCCCUGCAGAGAGAGGCCCAGACAAACACUUGGGAGCUAUCCCAUGCUCUAUGUGCUCCUGGAACCUGGCCUGCUUCUGUUUUGUCUGGGGUUUAAAAGGCAAAGAACGCGACCCUUCUCAUUGGAUAGACUAAAAGGACAUAAUCAUCCUUGACCAAUGAUCACUAAUGCUGACUGCCUCCCACAGGUCAUGUCACUUUCUGCAUUUCAGGUUCAAAGUUCAUUCCUCCAGAGUAAAUGACCUUCCCAAGGUCUCAGUUCUGGAAACAGGGAACAUGUGACCCAAUACUGAUAAAUACUUCAUCCAAUCAAUCCCAUUCAACUACUCCAUGGACACACCAAGUCCUUCCUUCUAUCAUCUGUCUCUCAAAGCCUGUCUAAAUUCAUGUGCAUUGACACUAUCUCAUCCUCCUUUUACCUUCCUUCUUUCUCAGCAUCAGGUUCUCCAGGGAAUCCUGUUAUAUCAUUAUGUGCCCACAGCAUCUCAGAACAUUAGCUUAUGUAUUUGUCCUUCCAAUAAUUAGUCAAGUUUUACAGGAUUAGGAAAAUGAGGCUCAGGAUUUAUCUCAUCCCAGAUCACAAAACCACAUAGUAUCACACUGGUCAUUUUUUCUUUUGAAAAUAUUUGCUUUCACUCAUGGAUAUGAUACAUAAGAGUUUUGAUAUAAUGGGAUUUCCUCAAUGAGCAAUGAAGGGAGAUUUUUUUUAUCCCAAAUGGAAAGUUUUUAGGCAUUUAUUGUGGUUGAGAAAUGUGGAUUUUAGAAUUUCUGGUUUUCUGGCCAUUCCAUGUUAACAUAUUGAAAAAAAACCAGGUUAUUUUACGGUACUGUGCAAAGCAAGGGUAUUUCCCAAAGCAAGCAUGGAGCCUUACAUGUAACAGGCUUCUAAUAUGUGAUAAUGGUAGUUGUUAGCUUUCCAUUCCAAAUUCUUGGGCACCCCUGGGAAUCCAAUCUCACUAGAUUUCCUGAAGAAGUAGCAGGUAGAGGCAAGUCCUAUAAGGGAUGCUAUUGCAUAUUUGAGGCAGCAGACUUAUUAGAAGCAAGAAGAUAGUAUAGUUUGGGGAAGAGUAAUGACUUUAAAAUAUCUGAAAAAACCAUAAUGCUGCCCACUAUAUCUUAAACUUGGGAAAAGGAAAAACUUCCAGAAUGUGUGGAUAGCUUUUAAAUCAAUGUCUUUGGGCCUCAGCUUCCUUAUCACUAAAAGAAUAGCACUUACUUCUAAUGGUUGUUAUGUGUCUAAUAUAUGUAGUUUGCAAACUGUUUUUAGUAGAGGAGUAGGGUAGCUAAACCUUCCAUUUCCAUUUCAUUUUCCUUACAAUAACCCUAUGAGAAUCUUUAAGUCAUGAAUAUUAUCUCCACUCCAAUCUGAUGAAAUUAACUUGCUCAGGGUCACACAUCUAUUGUCAGAGAGAGCAUUCAAACUCUGAUUUUCUAACUCCUGGGCCUUGAUGCCUCAAUUACUGUGGCCAAUGGGGAAUAGUGGUAUGGUAUAGAUAAAAUGCUGGGCUCAGUAUCAGAAACAUCUGAAUUUAAAUCCUGCCUCAGACAUUUGUGUAACCUACGCAAGCCACUUUCCUUCUUUCAAGCCUCAGUUUCCUUAUCUGAAAAAUGAGGUGUGUUGGACUUAAUGACAGCUAAGAUCCCUUUUAGCUGGAAAUGUGUUUCUAUGAAUUAAAGCUUAAAUAAUUAAAGGUUUUAAAUGCUUUAUCAAGUUUGCCAAUGUUCUUGAAAACUUGAUCACCCCCCAUCCCUUUUCUGAGAUUUGUCUUCGAGGCAGUUAAAAUGUAAAAGCAAUUUUAGAAUUUUUUUUCCUACUUAACAUUCUCAUUCUCACACUGUCAAUCUUUUCCCAGCCUACUUCCCUUUUUGAUAUUUUUCUUUUACUUUGUAUAAGACUUUCUGUAAUGCCUUACGUGAGUAUCAUAGUAUACCCAUUUCUAACAAAAUAAUUUUGGAUUUUUUGAUACAAAAUAGCAUUAGACUAUAAAGCAUGCUUUAUAAUAAAACUGAUCAAAAAUCAAAA